AUGGCUGGACAGAAGGAGGCGAACGAGCAGGGGUACGCACAGCAGAGCAUCGCAGCACAGGCCGGCAGAGGUGAACGAGGACAGAACGAUGCUCUCAUUAGCCUGGAGUCUGGAGACUGCCCCUCUCUUGGCCUCCUGUGGCGAGGAGAGGAAGCCGAUCGAGCGAAGGGGGACGGCACGGUGCGCAUUUGGGAGGCGCGCGCCGCCCAGCUGGUGGCGGUGCAUGUGGGGCAUCAGGGUGCCGUGCUCUCGGUGCGCUGGGCACCCAACGGUUCAGGCGGCUUGGCGUCCGCCUCGGAGGAUGGCCAAGCGAAGAUCUGGGCGGUGCCAGGGGCGCCGUGA